GUCCUUCCAUCAGUAAAUGUCAACUGUGUGACUCUGGUCCCGAGCGCCACUUUUUCUUUUGGUGGUCACCAUGGACAAGCCGGCUCCCGAGCCCCAAGUCGGAGGCCCCCCGGUGGGACCGGAGACCCCGACUGCCGGAGAUGUGCCCCAGGUGGGAAUGGUUGCUAAGCUUUUGGGGUGCCGUUGGCUGCCUCCGGUCUACAGGGAGGAGCUCUAUGAGGUGUUGAAGCUCAUGGGACCCCUGCUGCUGUUCCACAUCCUGAACUUCCUGCAGCCUCUCGUCAUCUCCAUCUUCUGCGGUCACAUUGGCACCGCGGAGCUGGCCGGAUACGCGCUGGCGUCUGCGAUCAUCAACGUGAGCACCACGGUGAUCGUGCAGGGCCUCACCAUGGCUUGUGACACGCUCAUCUCUCAGACGUACGGCAGCAAGAACCUGGAGCGCGUGGGCGUCAUCCUGCAGAGGAGUUCGCUCAUCCUUCUGCUCUUCUGCUUGCCCUGCUGGGCCGUGCUCAUCAACGCCCACCACCUGCUGCUCCUCAUGCACCAGGACCACCACGUUGCCAGAAUCGCGCAGCUCUACAUGAUGGCCUUCCUCCCGGCCGUUCCAUCUACGUUCCUGCAUCAGCUGCAGGUGGCCUACCUGCAAAAUCAGGGCAUCAUCCUGCCUCAGAUGUACACAGCAGCGUUGGCCAACCUUUUCAAUUUGGGGGCCAACUACGUCUUGAUCGUCAGCCUCAAGAUGGGCGUCGUCGGUUCGGCCGUGGCCAACAGUCUGGCUCAGGUGGCCAUCUGCCUGCUACUCUACGCCUACAUCCGAUGGAAGAAGCUCCACAGGCACACGUGGGGAGGCUGGUCCACCGAGUGUCUGCAGGACUGGGGCUCCUUCAUGAGGCUGGCGGUGCCCAGUAUCUUCAUGGUGUGCUUUGAGUGGUGGAUCUGGGAGAUUGGAGGCUUCCUUGCAGGUGUGCUGGGCGAGGCGGAUCUUGCGGCCCAGCACGUGAUGGUGGAGAUAUCCGCCAUUACGUACAUGUUUCCGCUGGGCAUCCAAACAGCUGCCUGCGUUCGUGUGGGCAACGCCCUGGGAGCAGGAGACACCGCCAGAGCCAUCCUCUCAUGUAAAGUAGCGCUGGUCCUAUCAGGACUGCUGGCCGUGCCCCAGGGUAUCGUAAUUGUCAGCACCAAGUCCGUCCUGGGCUACGUUUUCACGUCAGACGAAAACAUAGUUGCCAUGGUGUCCGAGAACCUCACCAUCUACACAUUCCUGCAGUUUUUUGACUCAAUCCUAUGUGUGUGCUCCGGAAUUCUGGUCGGCUGCGGAAUGCAGAAGAUCGCCGCUGCGUCCAACCUGGUGAGCUACUACUGCAUCGGCCUGCCAAUAGGGGUCGCCCUCAUGUUUGCCGCCCGCCUCCGAAUAUUCGGCUUGUGGCUGGGUCUCCUGACGUGUGUAUGCCUUGAGGCGUCUUUCUUCCUCAUUCUUAUUUUCAAGCUCAACUGGAAAAAAGUCACCAAGGAGGCUGAGAAGCGAGCUGGGAAGAAAGUUCUGGUGCUGAACGAAGUGACGUUGUGCGACCGCUCGGUGGACGGCCAGGAAGCUUCAAAGAGUCAGGAUCGGGAGGCCAAGGACAAACCGGGGAAGUGGCUCUCCGCCACGCAGCUCGUCUUGCGGAGGGGCUUUGCCCUCUUGGCGGCGGUCAUCACGCUCGCGGUGGGCGUUGCCGUUCACCUCGCCUUUCCCGUUCCGGAAAUCUCGAUGUCCAACUCAGUGAACUUUACCAAAAUCUGGACCAAUGCGUCCACGGACACGCCCUCGACUUGGGCGGAACCAACUCCCAUGGACCUCUCAAUACGCAGCGUUUUUUAAAAUUAUUAUUAUGAAACUAAAUCGUUGCACACUAACCUUUCCAUACUAAACUACUCUUUUACUGUAAAUGAUUUGUUCAUGUUUUUGUUUUACUUAUUAAUAUUACUUGUGGAGGCGUGUUGCUAGGCAGACUUCACAGGGCUCAGUAAUCUCUGCACCGUAAGAAAAACAACAAGCAGAGCCAUGUGGAUUAAUUUAGCCACUAACUACUAAACCCGUCUGUAUUCCAUCCAUCCAUCCUUCUUCGCCCAUCCAAGGUUGAGUCUACUCUGUAUUCAUUAUGUUUGCUGGGUCACUUGUUGCUGGACAGAUUUCAUGGGGCACAAUCAUUUGUGCCCCAGAUGCCAAACGAGACGUGUACUCGCAGAUUAAUUUUGUCAACGAAUAACUAAAAUAUGCAGCACGGUGAAUGACUGGUUAGAGCGUCUGCCCCACAGUUCUGAGGACUGGGGUUCAAUCCCCGGCCCCGCCUGUGUGGAGUUUGCAUGUUCAAAUUUGGUAGGCAUGUCUAUAAAGAGUAGACCCACAAAAAAGUCUCAAGAAGCCAUGCCCCAAAAGACAUGUUUACCACACUGUCAAGAAGAACUGUUUCCACGAGUUGUGUGCAACAACACGCAGACAUGCACACACCCUUGCUGGUGUUAAUGGCAGCACAGCGUGACACCGAUUGCGGUUUUCAUACAGGAAAUCUCGGGCAAACUCAGCGAGGCGCCUGAGCCGACGUCGCCCGUUGUGAUGAGUGACGGAAGCAGAGGUGAUUCCAGGUUGAUUUGGAAUGCACUCUACACUUGUGUGCACCAGUGUUGACACCUUUAUCCUGCGAGCUGGUGUUUAACACAAAAAUAUGUUUUUAUUCCUUUAAUUCAACCUUUUAAAUCUUUUUUAGCUAGCUACGUUCUUCCAAGGAUUUUCCCAAAGGAUUUUGGUGAAAAUCCAACAUUAACAAAAUCAAAAUAACAACUUGCUCAUGUUAGCCAGAAAUGCUAACACCAUGUGAUGAAAACUAACAACGCUCGCAAUUUAGCAUUACUCAUCUGUCAUAUCUGAGUACAUGCAGUCUAAAUUUUGUGGUGAUGGGUGAAUUCUCUCAGAGUAUGUUUGAGUACAGUACGAUGCCUGGAAAUAGUGAAAAAUGGUACUUUCAAAUGAAAGUUUUUCUACGUGCUGUCCUGAUAAACAUGCGGCACAAAAGAGGAAUGAAUAUUUAUUACCUUGCGAUUACAAAAAUAAGAAGCCAAUAAA